AUGCUCUCCGAUCAGUUUCAGUUCCAACUCUCGGCGGCAUCUCCGGCUUCUACUGAAGAGACCGCUCUAAAUCCCAAUGCCAACUGCAAUUAUACCCUCAUCAAGUCCAAGACCUUGGGUGUGGAUCCCUCCUUUUGGAAGAAGUUCUUUAAACAUUGGAUUCCUUUCGUUGGCAGUUCAAGGAGUAAAAUGCAAUUUUUACUCUUCAAGAGGGAUUUUGCAGAUUGCGGAAGGGAAUUAUUGAUUGGCGAUGUGGAAAACCUCAAGAACUCGGGCUUCGAUGCACGUCAUCCAACGAGAAUUGUCAUUCACGGCUGGAUGAGUCAGAGCAAAGGGUCUCACAUCAGAAAGGUAAAAAACGCUUAUCUGAGCCUGACUCAUCCUGGCCUUAAUGGAGAACCUCCUCGUUAUGAGGACUUCAACGUGAUCGUUUGCGAUUGGAGCAAGAUUUCCACGAAUGUUAACUACUUCGAAGUGGCCAAGACAGUGGAGGAUCUGGGUGCUCUGCUUGCGGAUCUAGUGCGUCAUCUUCAUCUGGAGGCGAAUUUGCAUUACGAUGAUGUCUACAUUAUUGGACACUCUUUGGGCGCUCAGAUUGCUGGCAGUGCUGGGAAGCAAAUCCAACCAUAUAAAUUCAAUACAAUUUACGCCCUUGAUCCUGCGGGUCCUCAGUUCCGGGAUCAGACAGAUGAGUAUCGAAUAGGCAGCGAUGCCUCCUACGUGGAAUCCAUACAAACCAGCGUUAGUUUUGGCUUUGAGAAACCCGUGGGACAUGCCACCUUCUAUCCCAAUUAUGGAAAGAAUCAGAAAAAGUGUUAUGUGUAUGGAUGUUCAAAGAGGUCUCAUGAUUAUUUCGUGGACUUGACGAGUCCGGCGGGCUUUUGGGGACCCCGCUGCGAGCGUCAUGAUGAUGGCACCUGGAUCCUCCUGCUCAGCGACGGUGAGUUCCGGAUGGGAGGAGAACCCUCGGUGCCAAAGAAUGGAACCUUUUAUGUGAAAACCUACGCGAAGCCACCGUAUGCCAUGGGUCAUAGGUGGCAAACCGAGCCGGCGCCACGAGAGGAUGAGGAUGAAAACUCCACCGAGGAUUAGCGAAGGAAAGAAUGUCUUCCUAUUAGAACUGUAAAUAAAAAAAAUGAA